AUGAUCGCAAAGCAAGCUGCGCUUAUUCGCAGGUCGUCGUCGGUCGCCACCGCUGCGUCGUCGUUGUCGCCUUUUUCUUCUCCUUCCUCUUCUUCCUCCGCCUUCUCCUCUUCCUUGCUCUUGUCACCAGCAAGACGGAUGCGCCAAACUCCCACUUCAGCUUCAUGGACGCCAUUUUCUUCUUCGUUCCCUUGCUCAAGAGCAGUCUCUGCAUUCUGCUUUAGCACAAAAGGCCCUCGUAGCCAGGCAAGUCCCGCUGCAGAGCUACAUCGUGACCAUCACGACCAGCAUCCCUCCGUUUCAUCCUCCACAUUACCAACACAGCAGCAGCAAGUAGAUGCCAACUCCUCUGCUUCGGGUUCAUUGUCACCGCCGUCAUCGGUAACAGCAUCGAUCUCCUCUUCCCCUUCUUCUUCUUCUUCUUCUUCUUCUGCUGCUGCUGCCGCCUCUUCCCAAAGCAACGACCGUCGCUCUCGCUUCAUGCCGUACGCCUUUGCUUCUGGCUCCCCUCUCACACGCCUUCCCACUCCCUUACCACCCGAUGUUGCCGAACGCUCGUAUCUCUUGCGAAAGCAAUUCGCACCAAAACGAAGAUCCGAGACCCCUGUCGCCGCCACCUCCGCCAUGCUCGACUCGCGCAUCGAUGGGCUCUCCUUUGGCGACUUGUCUGGCCUCACCAUGAGCAGCAACGACGAGACUUUCUACCCAGCAUCCAGAGCCGUCGAGUUUGUCAGCAUCCUCAAAGCUUGUCUCGGUACCGGCCUCAUCAGCCGUGCACACAAGGUCUUCACCGACCUUCGCAGUCAAGCUACCGCUCGCUCACGUGAGUUGUGGGAGCUGCGAAAGCGUCUCGCGCAGGGCAUCAUCGAUCAGAACGAUUGGCACCAGGACCUAGGCGAGCUUGGCCAAUACCAAUCUCCUAUUGAGAUCUGGACGUACAAUUCCAUGCUCCAAGCCUACUUUCGCAAGGCGUAUCAAGCAGAGUCUCUGGAUGGAACAGCAGAAUGGCUCAAUCGGGCUUGGCAGCUCUGGCGCGACAUGCAAGCAGCUGCCGCCCCACUUCACAACGACCAGCCUCCUUCGCCCGACCCCAAGCCUAACCCCGCCACUUUCGCCACCAUGGCCCGCGGUGUUGUCGCUUUGCAACGUUCAGGUCGUUAUCCGUCUUCCGCUCCCGCCCUCGACGACCUCGUCCUCUCCAUCAAGCGCGCCGAGUUUGGUCUCGACAGCAUUCUCACCUCGUCGGUCUUCAAUCCCGACAAGGCUGAAGACCUCGAUGUUCACGGCCCGCUCGGCUCCAAAAGUGUGGACCAAUCUCGUGAAGGUGAGGUUGAUGCAGAUCUCGUUCUUCGCAGCCUGAUUCAUGUUGCCAACCAGAUGGGAGAAAGUGGCAUCCUUAAGGAGCUCGAGACUGUACAGAGCAUUCUCGAUGGUCGCAGAGUCCUUUCCGAGGUCAAACCCACCGACUCAACAGCACAGAACGACUUGCUCGCCGACGUACCCGAGCUUUUGGCCGUCAAAACCACUUCGAAAGCAAGCCGUCUCGGCCAGGACCCAAAAAACAAGGCUGGCGAAAUUCCGUUCAACCUUGCCUCGUUGAAAGAAAAUCUUUCCAUCGUUCAGGAGGCGCGUCGAAACAUCAGCGACCCAUACGAGCGUCAAAAGUGGCUCGAGCACAGCGCACUCGAAGCUGCCAGGAAGCGUCUCGAGCAUUCCGCCGAAAAGCUCGAGGAGCUUGGCUUACAGACCACCGGUGCGCUCCAGUCCAAGCCGCUCCAGCGAUGGAUGUGGGACUGGUACAACAAGCUCCAAGUGACGCUCAACCAAGAGCUGGCUCGCCUCGACCAGGAAGUCAACGAAAACAAGCACGACAGGAAGGCGAUGCUGCCGAUGGAACUGCAGAUCCUACCCUUCCUCCGUCUCCUUCCUGCCUCAAAGCUUGCGCUCAUCACCAUCCUCGAACUGAUGCGCAUGAGUGGCAACGGUGAUGUGUCAGACGGUAUGAAGACUACGCGUGCUGUUUUACAGGUCGGCCGCGCCAUCGAGAUGGAGUAUCACUCGGACAUCGUUCGCAAGAACCCGAAGAUUUUUCAGAACGCUUACACUGCCCAAACUACGCUGCGUAAGCGUGGCUUGAUCGACCUCGCAGCUCGUCGCGAGAUCAAAGCUUGGCAGAAGCAACAGGAGGACGAGGGAGUCCUCUCCUCCAUUCCCAGUUGGACACAGACCGUACGGGCACGCGUAGGAAGCUAUCUUGUGCAGCACCUCAUGAAUGUCGCAACGGUCAACCGCAAAGCCACCGACCGUGACGGCGUUUUGUGGGAAGAAGAUCAACCCGCCUUCUACUCGACCUACCAAUAUCUUGGUGGUAAGAAGCUGGGUGUCAUCAAGCUCAACGAGGUCAUCGCAAGGCGACUCGACAAGGACUCCAUUCAGGAGACCUUGCAUCCUCGCCACCUGCCUAUGCUUGUCCCACCAAAGCCAUGGACCUCGCACGAUUCGGGAGGAUACUAUUCGGUGCGUCAGAGUGCGAUGCGUUAUAAGGACAGUGCCGAGCAGGGCUCGUACUUGCGCGUCGCCUCGGAUAAUGGCGACCUCGAUACGGUCCUCGCUGCGCUGGAUGUCCUGGGCAACACUUCGUGGAAGAUCAACAAACCCAUCUUUGAUGUCAUGCUUGAGGUCUGGAACUCUGGUAAGGACAUCGCCGAUAUGCCACCAGUCGAGAUGGAAGUACCCGAACCGCAGAAGCCCGACAACUAUGACCACGACAUCAAGGCUCGUUCCGUCUAUCUCCAACGGCUCAAGCAGUGGAAUCAGCAACGCGCCUCGAAUCACUCACAGCGCUGCGAUGUCAACUACAAGCUUGAAAUCGCACGCGCUUACCUCGGCGAGCGCUUCUACUUCCCACACAACAUGGACUUCCGAGGCCGUGCCUACCCGAUGCCACCGCAUCUCAACCAUAUCGGAAACGAUCUCUGCCGUGGUCUGCUCCUCUUUGCCGACAGCAAGCCACUGGGCAAAGCAGGUCUACGAUGGUUGAGGAUCCACAUCUCCAAUGUCUUCGGUUACGACAAAGCCAGCUUUGGUGAGCGUGAGCAAUUCGCCAUCGAUCACGAAGCUGAUAUUCGAGACAGUGUUGAACGGCCGCUGGAUGGCAACUGUUGGUGGCUCAAGGCGGACGACCCCUGGCAGUGUCUUGCUGCCUGCAUGGAGCUAAAAGCAGCCCUCGAGCACGCUGAAGGACCUGAAGCCUACGAGUCGUGCCUGCCAGUACACCAGGACGGUACCUGCAACGGUCUCCAGCACUACGCUGCGCUCGGAGGAGAUCUGGCCGGUGCCAAGCAGGUCAACUUGUCGCGCGGCGAGCGACCCGCGGACGUCUACUCGGGUGUCGCUGAUCUGGUCAUCAAAGUGCUCGACGAAGAGGCAGCCAAGGGCGAGCGUCUUGCCAGCAUUCUUCAAGGCAAAGUGACGCGAAAGGUGGUCAAGCAGACCGUCAUGACAACCGUCUAUGGUGUCACGUUUAUCGGUGCCAAGAAUCAAGUCAUGCGUCAGCUUGCGGACCGAGGCGAUGUGCCCGCCGAAGACCUGUUUGCCGCCGCCAGCUUUCUCGCCAAGGUCAUCAUGUCGUGUAUCGGUAAUCUCUUCUCGGGAGCGCAAAAGAUCCAGGAUUGGUUGAGCUUCUCUGCCAAAGUGAUCGCCAAGUCAAUUCCAGCUCAGAGGCUUGAGGAGGCUACGCGACCUUACCAACCCAACGAAAGCACUUUGAAGCGUGCCGACGCACGCGGCUUUUCGCGAGACCCGGCCAAAGCCGACCGUAUCGUUAAAGAGCAGAUGACGUCUGUCAUCUGGACCACCGCACUAGGCUUGCCCGUGGUGCAGCCGUACCGCAAGAGCAAGAAGAAGCAGGUCUCGACCGCCAUGCAGACUGUCUUCAUCCACGAUCCGCUCUCGAACUCGGAGGUGUCGCCCGCCAAGCAGGCUUCGGCUUUCCCGCCCAACUUUAUCCACAGCUUGGAUGCGACUCACAUGAUCCUCACUGCACUCGAGUGUCACGCCGCCGGCCUCACUUUCGCCUCGGUGCACGAUUCGUACUGGACGCAUGCUGCUGACAUUGACACCAUGUCGGACAUGAUCCGCGAGACGUUUGUGCGUCUGCAUUCGCAGGACAUCUUGUACCGAUUGCGCGAAGAGUUCCUUCAACGCUACGCAGGUUACAAGGUGCCCGUCGUCUCACUCCAAACCGCCACUCGUCGAAGAGGACGCUUGUCCAAGGCCAGCAAUGAUGAGCCUCAGGACGUGGCUAGCACUGCCGGUGUGACUUCGCCACCGGAGGCGCUCCUCGCCAUGCCCGAGGAACAGCUUGCCAAACUGCAAGGCGAGAUAGGCGAUGUGGUGAUUGCCAAACCCACCAAGGCACCGGACGUAGAGGCAGACGAAGUCUUGGACAAUGUCGCUGCAGAUGCAAGCGAAGCGGAUCUCGCCGAAGAAUCCGAGUUUGCUUCAGACAAAGCCGAAGAGGCACCAGUGACGGCACCAAAGCGGAAAAGCGCUCGCAAAUCUCAGAAGGACAAGGACUUGGAGUGGGAGACCAAGUUCAAGGCCAAAUUCGUCGAUCUCGCCGACAUCUUGCCUGCCAUCCCUGCCAAAGGCUCGUUCGACGUCAACGAGAUCAAGGGCUCAUUGUACUUCUUCUCUUAA